AUGUAUGAUGAAAAAGUAAUUGUUAUUGAAUCAAAUAAGGUAAUUAUGAAAUUAUGUGGUUGGAUUAUUGGAAGAGCAUGUCUUGUUCUUCCAUCAUUAUAUCUAGGAUUAAUGAAAAUUAUUGAAAUACCAGAUGGUGGAAUUAGAAUUAUUGAUUCAUUACCAAAUAAAAUGAUAGAACGAGUAUUACCAGAAGAAUAUCAAAUUGCAAUUCCAAAUGAUAAUUUAGAUAUUAAUGAAAUUCUUCAAUAUUAUUCAAUGAAUGAUUUUAUUGUUUGUAUUACUAAAGGAUUUGUUCUUGGUGCAUUAGAAAAUGAUAAUUUUGAACAACUAUUAAAUGAGUCAGUUGAAUAUCAAUGUCUUUUAUCAAAAUAUUUUAAAAUUCAUGGGGAAUCAAUAAGACAUCAACAAGGUUAUUCAUUGAAUAAAUUCUUAUUUAGUGUUGACUCAACUUUACUUAAUCAAAUAUUUUCAAUGGUUGUUACAAAUACAAAUUACUUAAAUUAUCAGUCAGUUAUUAAAAUGGCUAAUACGUUCAAUAAAUACAUUAAUUUAAUUACUCAACACCACGAUGUUUUUAAUCCUUUGACUCAAUUACCAUUUGAUAGUAAACUCUUAAUAAAUGCUUUUCAUAUUUCAAAACUUGCUGAUAACUCAUAUGCAUUAACAAAAUUAAUAGACACACUUUAUCAUUCCAUUCAAACUUUUCCAACUGAAUCAAGAGUGCCUAUUAUAACUUAUUUAAUUAAUGAUAGUUUCUAUUUCUUCUUCACUCAUUGGUCAGAUAUUGUUCGUCAACACUUUCAUUAUUUUAUUCUUUAUAGGUCAACAUUAUGUUGGAUUAAAGACAUUUAUAACAAUAAACUCACUAAACAAGAAACAGAAAUAUAUCAAUCAAGAACAAUUAAAAAGUACAAUCCUUUGGAUGAAGAUAUGAAGUUAAUAUUAAAAGUACGUGAAAACAGUCAUGUAUUAGAAAAAACAAAAGACACUUUUCCUUUAAAAGAUAGAAUCAUUAUUGAACACUCUACACAUGAUUUCAGAACUUUGUCUAAAGAGUCAAUCCAAUGGACUACAUCAAGAAGAAAACUAACUGAAGUUCCUAACAUUGAAUUUCCUUUCAAAGAUUUCAGUAUUUCUAGUCUUAAUUGA